AUGGAAUCGGAAGACAAUUCGGAAGAAACGUUGGAGUUACUCCGCCGAUGGAACAUUCCGGCGAUUCCACCGGAGAAGAUCAUCGAAUCCCGCUUGGUUGGGGCAUGUAGCAGACCGAUUCGAAAGCAACUGACGGAGAGCGACAUAAACGGAGAAGAGCUGAUGUUAGCGAUGUCACCGGUGAAGAAGAAGUUCCUGCCUCUGCUUGAAGAAGAAUCAGAGAUUCACCAGGGCCAGAGGGGGAAGACUGUUUCGUUGUACGGACCAUACGGCAAGCUUCAUGAUACGGAGACGUGGAUGAUUAAUAGAGACUCGCUUGAUUCGAUUACGGGAUGGAGGAAAUUCGUCGGCGAAUAUGAGCUCAAGGAGAAUUGCGAUUUCAUCACUGUUUGGAUGUUUAUCCACGAGGAGACUCAUGAGUUUUGCUUAGCGAUUGACCGCACAAGGAUUUCUCUGCAGAAACAGCUGAGCCAGAGGAUCUCCAAAGCUGUCUUCGGGGAUUGA